UUGACAUUCACUUAGCCUUGACAAAGGAAAGAUGGCAGUGUUCAUCGCACGCAGCAUAGGCCUCCAACAGGGCGGGCAAGCGCUCUCUCCCCGGCCUCGGUGACACAAUGGGCAUGCAAUGCAGACACUCACACCACAAGCAGCGCACAGACAGACACCCACGGCAAGUCAGUCACUCAGGAUCUACAAGAUGGCAGCCAGCCCACGCACUCGCACUCUCCCUCACUCCCACACACAAACGCAAUCCAAUUGUCGGUCGAUCCGUCUUCAGUCUGUCCCUCGGGGGAUCAAAAAGAUGAGCCCAAUCGCCCGUGAGCCAGACACCCCUCCCUCGCAACACACUUUGCACAACCGACACGUCCACACACGGCACGACACGAACAGCAGCAGCCCAGCCUGACAGUGACACUCACCCAGUGAAGCAAUGAAUGGCUCACGCACGCACGCACGCACGAUGGAUGGAUGCUUCAGGCAGGCAGAUGCAAAAACACUUAUCGUUCCCCGACCGAGUAGCUACUGCUUGCCCGCCUCCGAUACGACAGACUUGCCUGCCUCCCUGUCUGAGAUUCUUGCCACCCCGUCGGCUCCCGCCUUCUCUGGUCAAACACCACCGAACGACACACAACAAGACAGACAGACGGCUAGGUGCGCACUGGUCAUAAACCAGUGCAGUGCACGGCGGUCGCUGCCUUGCAGAGCUUGCAGGCUGGCUGUCAGAGAGAGGGGGACGGGAGAGGGGAGUGAAUGAGCAGACAGGUCGGGAGAGGAGAGAAGUGCUACAGGGGAAAAGAUUCGAUCACCCAGUCAGUCAGUCAGUCAGCCAGUCAGUCGACCACCCAACCCACACGCAGUGUCAGCCACUUAGUUAUCACCACACCACACGCACACGCACCCAAAAGCAGCCACCCGCCCGCCCGUCCAGGAAGUCACAAUGAAUGAAAUGCAGCCGACCGCAACACGACCAACCGACCGACCACCCAGUCUGUGGCCGAAGUGCACUCGCGAUGGCGAUGGCUGCUCGUGGCUGUCUGUCACGGUGUCCUCUUAGGCGCCGUGCACCUUGACGUGCUCCUUCUCCACCAGACCCUCGCUGAUCAGGAACUCAGCUAUCUUGUGCCUGCGCCAUUCAUUCACAAGCCAAGCACAACAAACGUGUGUGUGAGGAAAGAGCGCCUCUCUCUGGGUCGUGUGUGACUCACCGGUGGUCGCCCUGCACCUGGAUCACAUGCCCUAGUUCAGGGUCAUCGACGAUCGUGCCAUUGCAGUUGAAGUUCUGCACACACACACACACACACACACACACACAGAGAGAGAGAGAGAGCCAUGAGCGCGUGCCACGUGCCGACUGACAUUCGUACCUUCUUGAAGGCCUUGAGGAGUUUUUUGUAGUCGAAUUGUGUGGAGAGUCCCUGAAUGGUGGUCAGAGACUUCCGGCCGUUGCGCUGCUGAUUGCGAAUGUGGACGUAGUUGGCACCACCUCCAGGCAGGGAAUCUCCAACACCAUCGGCGCCUUCGUCAGCAAAGGGAUCUGAUGGACAGACGGACGAAUCAAGCAAGUCACCACACACAAUCAGACAGACAGAUCGACAUUAAGACACACGUGGGUCAGGUUAGAGGUGAGGAAGCUGCCCGUGCCCGUCUCGCGUGGGUGCUCUCUUACCGAUGCCGCCCAGUUUACCGAGGGUAUCGACGCUCAUGCAAGCAGAUAACCUGAGUGAGACACGACAACACACAUCAUCACCGCCCGUCCCCAGCACAUGUGAUUGAGACACUCCAUGCAAGGCACCAAGCAAGCAUCCUCCCGCACCACUGCCUCCCCCACACCCACACACACCGUCCUGUCUUCCCCCCUGCCCCUCUCUCGCCCGCCUCCUAGCCAGAGAGGCACACUAUGCUGGCGGAACGGCCACUGACGGUCUUCUGACUGUGCGCACGGCACCCCUCCUGCCUCCCCGUCGCCCUGUGUCCCCUCUCUGACUACACGUGUGUGUGUACGUGCCCACCUUCUGUGUGUGAUAGGACUCCGCCCGCUGGGAUGCUCUUCGAACGCGAACUCGCUGGUACUCUAGUACUUCGACAGCCGAGGCGAUAGAAAGGAAC